AGCAGAAGGUGUGUUUGUUUUCCAUAAAGCGGUAGACAAAUAUGGAUGGAUGGAUGGUAUCUUCAUUUUAAAACCAGAACAUCGUGUUUUCAAUCCCAUUUGAAACAAUACAGUGUUGAUUUGUCAAAAUUUGAUUUUUUUUUUUUUUGCUGUGCUAUUUUGUACCUCUCUCGUCAUCGGGCAACAUCCCAUAAUAGUCAGGAUUUUUUAAAAAUUUCCCAUUAUAAUUAAUAUCCCGCAUGCAAUGAUGCAAGGAAGCUUAUAGUCUCUCUUUAGGAAGGUGAUGGACAAUGUCCGGUCCUUUUGGGCCAAGACACCUGCGCUCCCGGUCCUGAAUGCAGCAGCGGAGAGAGACACCGACCCGGGUGUCAACGCCAGCCCCGGAUGCUGCGCCGCAGAAUCGGAUACGCCGACCCAUCGUCGGGUAAAGACAUCCUCGGCAAUAGGUCGCUUUGUUUCAUGUUCAUUUGCGCCUUUGGAUUGGUAACACUCUUGCAACAGAUUCUCUAUGGGAAAAACUACAUUAAGAGUGCGCAACAGUUUAGCCGACUCAAAGGGGACGAGACAGGAAAUUGGACCGGUCCCGUUAAUUUCUCCGAUGACGGAUCUCUGAAGCCUGCCAGAAAUGGAAGGAAAAGAUGUUUCCGUCAGAAUUUUCAGCCAGAUUCACAGAUCUCCGUAAUAGUCACACCCUGCCUAGCCGAUAUUAAGAAGAAAAUCAAACGCUCUCACAGGUAUUUGGGAAACUAUGGGGGCCCUUUCGAGUACAACUCCACAACAUGCAAAGAGCUCAGGCAGGAGAUUAUGGACGUCAAAGUCUUGACAAUAAGCAAUAAUCGGAAAAUACAUGGUCAUGGGUAUCCUUCUUCAUUCCACAAGUCUCUCUGCCUGUCUGCCAGGGUCAAAACCUCUGAUCUGUUUGAGAGAUGGCGGAACCUGCAGGUGUGUAAGUGGGAGCAGAGCAAGGAGGAGACCAGCAACUUCAAGAUGUCUCUAUCUCGCUGCUGUAACGCUCCUUCCUUCCUGUUCACCACCAAGAAGAACACUCCUGCAGGGACCAAACUGCGGUAUGAGGUGGACACAAGUGGCAUCCUUCCAAUCACCACUGAGGUCUUUAAGAUGUUCCCAGAUGAUAUGCCAUAUUCCAAAUCCCAGUACAAGAAAUGUGCUGUGAUCGGAAAUGGCGGCAUCAUUAAGAACACUAACUGCGGAAAGGAAAUCGACUCAGCCGAUUUUGUGUUCAGAUGCAACAUACCGCCCAUCAGCGAAAAAUACUCAGCUGAUGUCGGCACUAAAACUGAUCUGGUGACAGUAAAUCCCAGCAUUAUCACAGAGAGAUAUCAGAAGCUGGAGAAAUGGCGACGGCCCUUUUUCGACGUACUCCAGAACUACGAGAACUCCUCGGUGGUCCUUCCCGCGUUCUACAACCUGCGCAACACGGACAUGUCGUUCCGGGUCAAGUACAUGCUGGACGACUUUGACUCGCAGAGAGGCGCGUUCUUCUUCCACCCGCAGUACCUGCUCAACGUGCAGCGCUUCUGGGCGGUGCAGGGCGUGCGGGCCAAGCGGCUCAGCAGCGGCCUCAUGCUUGUCACCGCCGCCCUGGAGAUGUGCGAGGAAGUGCACCUCUACGGCUUCUGGGCCUUCCCCAUGAACCCGUUGGGCAUCUUCAUCACUCACCAUUACUACGACAACGUCAAGCCGCGCCCGGGCUUCCACGCCAUGCCGCAUGAAAUCUUCAACUUCAUUCACAUGCACGCCCGCGGUAUCGUGCACGUGCACACUGGGCCUUGCACGUGAUCGCUCACUUGUCAUUUUUUUGUAGCAGGUUUUCACAUAACUUGAGCUUUACCUGACAUUUCUCGAUGUGACGUUCUUCAUUUUAACCGAUUCAGACCCUUCUUGUCGGCUCUCUGACCACAGCAGGCUUGUUUUUAAUGUGCGACAACGUGGUCUUCCUAAUGGUGAUGUGUUCGUAGCGUUUUCUAGUGGCUCUGCUGUACAAAUUACUUCUUUUUCUACUCGCUCUACGUGGUGAAACUGUGGAUAUCCGCCACUCUGCAGGCGUGGCAGCUUUCAAUGUUGAAGCCUGAAACUUGUUAAGGUGAUAUUUCAAAAAGCGCAUAAAAAUCCGCAAGCAAUUGUCUACUUUUGUAAUCUAUUUGAACAUUUUAAACGUAUAAAUUGGCCUAUUUCCAGUGGCCUUAUUCCUUUUUGGAAAUUCCCUCUCUGGUGUUUCUAGGCACGUGAAAAAAGGCAACAAUGCGAUUCCUUAAUCAUUUCUUUAUGUUUUUGUUUGGCCUGUCAUGUCCUUCGCCAUGCUGCCUUAUGAUAUCCACUCCCUCGAUCUGAUAUGCAAUACUCAUCAAUAAUGAAAAACUAAACAUAAGUUUAGUCUUGGAGUCGCUUUAAGAAUCCAC